AUGGGCGCUUCUUGUUGCGCUUGCUCAGCUGCUGAAGAUCAAGAGAUUGCCACGAACGAUUUCGGCUUUGUCCCGUCUCGCGGCGCCCACUUAAUACCGGUGAGGCCGUUUGAUGGCUCAACCCCAAUAGCCAAACCAGAACGCUUCACCGAGAAUUUGCGGCAAAGGAGCCGGGAAAGCGAAGCCAGUACAGAUAAAGAGGGUGGCGAUAUCGAGAGCAUGACGGGAGUUGGAGUGGCUCUUCACCAAACCGAUACACAGUCGCCGGAGGUUGGCCGGGAACUCCCCAAUCAUCCAGCGAUCGCUUGCGGUGAUGAGGUGAACGAUUGCGGGGAUUGUGAU